UCAACGCGUCUCUCAGAGUGAUUUAUUUGUCAUACGCGUCGCACUUCAACUUAUCGGCUUCCAACCACCCACCUCUCGGCCUUGUCUCAUCGAUCCCCCCUGUGUAGUUCAUAUUGUAUUCUAGCUACGCAGAUUUAAAAGAGAGAGGAAAAGAAUAUUAAGAUGGCCGCCCCGGUGUUCACCGUCGAUCCCCAGGCAUCGCUCACGAAGAAAAGCCAGGUCCACCUGCUGCCUUGUCGCAUACACCACGACGGCAAUGUCGACCCGAUUGGCACGUACUGGAACCCUAGCGAAGGCCCAGACGGGAAAAAGAUAGCCUACCUACGGGGACGGAAACUGUACGGCAAAGCUACGAAACUGCCCGAAGGCUACUACGGCUCCGUUGUGGAAAAGUCCGAGGCGAAGAAGCCCAAGACGGAUGAAGGUGCGAUGGAGGACGUUGUAGCGGAAGAGGAUUUCGAGGACGCUCUCGACGUUGGCGCCAUGCAGGGGAGGGCAGCGUUUGACGAGCUCACGAUCUGGGGCCACGAGUCGACGACAGACGCCCACGAGGACCCGUACGUGCGGAGUAUGGAGGAAUGGGUAUCCUUCGCAGAACAGAUCCACUCGUAUCCUGCCGUAGAUGUUUCGAGCAAAAAGCCUGAAUUAUGCAGAGCAUAAUUCAGUUAUUAAUUUGUUUGUUGCCGGGCGUAUAAAUCCCGGCGUUGGGACUCGCGCCUCGUGCCGUCAGACACCACACCCCGUGGAGUAUCAUGGAUAUCAAUAGGAGAUUAAGCACAGAGAUCAAGACGUCACAUAGAGCUGUCCUUGGAGUAGAUGUAGGAAGUACGAUAUAACGAGCCGGAAUUGCCUGACGACGAGGACAGGUUGGAAAGUAUCACCAAAUUCGGGCGUUAAAGAUGUCCGGUUAGUUGCAUAUUUGCAUACCCUUAUAUACAUGGAACAAUAUUCAGAGCACACCGCCAAUUACCUAAACAAUGCGUAUCUCUUACCUAAU